AUGUUAGAAACAAAUAGUUAUAGUAAUAAUGAUGUGGCUAUUGUCGGUAUUGGUUUAAGACUACCCGGUAACUCAAAUAGACCAUCAGAAUUAUGGGAAAAUUUAUUAAAUGGUUUUGAUGGUGUUAUAGAAACGAAUCAAAGAUUCUCGGAUUCAUUUCAUGAAAUGAAUGAAAUUUCAAAUAAGCAUGCAGGGUUAGUAGAGUUGGAGGAAUGGAUGAAUUUUGAUCCUAUGCAUUUUGGUAUCAAUCCAUCUGAUGCAAAACAAUUAGAUCCACAACAAAAACUAUUAUUAAAGGCAACUUAUGAGGCUUUUGAAGAUGCUGGUAUAAAUCCAAUAUCACUCCGUAGUACAUAUACAAGUGUAUAUGUUGGUGCAUCUACAAUCGACUACUCAUCUGUCAAUACUGAACAUUUUGAUAAGAUUGCAAAUUAUAAUGUUUUUAACUCAACUUUGGGAGGUAUGGCAAAUAGAAUUUCUUACUGUUUCGAUUUCCAUGGCCCAUCCUUAACAGUGGAUUCUGCAUGCUCAAGUUCAUUAAAUGCAUGUCAAUUGGGUUAUUCAUCCAUUGUAAAUGGGGAUUGUAACUAUUCAGUUGUUUGUGGAUCCAACUUUAUUUUAAGUCCACAAAUAUCAAAGGCAUUCUCAUCAAUUGGUAUACUUGGAAAAAGUGGUAAAUGCAACUCUUUUGAUGAAUCUGCCGAUGGUUUUGUUCGUGCUGAAGGUGUUGUAGUUUUAAUAUUAAAAAAGCUUUCACUUGCAAUUAGUGAAUGUGACCAAAUUUAUGCAGUUAUUAGAGGCAUCAAUUCAAAUGUUGACGGCUCUUUAAAUAAAGACAACUUUAUUAAACCAUCAAAGUUGGCCCAAACCAAUAAUAUUAUUAAGACUUUUGAAAAAAGUUCGCUCACUUUUUCAGAUAUAGAUUUCUUUGAAUUACACGGUACUGGAACACCUAUUGGCGAUCCAAUUGAAGUUGAGUCAGUUUCAGAUAUAUUUAAAUCAGUAAAAUCAAAAGAAAAUCCAUUGCUAAUUGGCUCAAUAAAAUCAAAUAUUGGUCAUUUAGAGGCAGCUUCAGGUGUUGCAUCGUUAGCAAAAUGUUGUUUAAUGCUUAAACAUCGUCAGUUCGUUAAAAAUAUUAACUUUAAUAAACCAAACCCAAAUAUUAAAUUUGAUGAGUGGAAUGUUAAGGUUUGUAAAGAAAACACACCAUUCCCAAAUAAAUUGGUAUCGAUCGCAAUUAACAGUUUUGGUAUCACCGGUUCAAAUGUAUCAUUGUUGUUAAGUGAAUAUAAUGAUAAGUCUAUUAAAACCAAAAGUUUUAAAUCCGAAACAAAGUUAUUAAUACCAGUCUCAGCAAAUUCAAAGAAAUCACUUGAUUUGAUAAAAGAGGAGUUACUUGGUAAUACAACAUUAUACUCAAAUUCAAUGUCAUUUAAAGAUUUUGUUUACAAUCAAAUUUAUUCAAAACCAACAGAAUUAUCUCAAAGAGUAGUUUUUGAUGCCAGUGAAUGGGGUGAUUUUAGUAUAACUGAAUCUUUUUCGACCAAUAGUAAUGUUUCUGGUAAUAUCAAAAUAACAGACAAUAAUCAAUCACCAAUAGUUUAUGUAAUGUGUGGUCAGGGCCCACAAUGGAAUGGUCAAGCUACUAAACUUUAUAACAGGGAAGCAACUUUUAAAGAAUCAAUGGACAAGGUAGAUUCACUCCUUUCAAAAUACUAUGGGUACUCUGUUCUAUCGAAAUUAAGAGCUAUCAAAGAUAACGAUACUAUUUCAAUCAAUGAUCCAACCAUUGCACAACCAUCAAUUUUUAUGCUACAAGUUUCAUUAUUUGAACUUUACAGUAAAUGGGGUAUUAAGACAUCCAUUAUUGUUGGUCAUUCUUUUGGCGAAGUAUCCGCUGCCUACUGUUCUGGUAUGAUCGAUUUAGAAACUGCUUGUUUCGUUACUUAUCAAAGAUCAACACUUCAAAGUAAAACAAAUGGUUCCGGCAAAAUGAUGGCUAUUGGCUUAAAUGAAAAGCAAUUUAAAGAUCAAUUUUCAUCAAAGUACCCAAAUAUUGAAAUUAGUUGUUACAAUUCCCCAUCAUCCAUUGUCAUUAGCGGCAUCGAAUCAGAACUUAAUGAAAUUUCACAAACUAUUAAAGAAAAAGGAUUAUUUUCAGUAUUAUUGGGUUCAAACUCUUCUUUCCAUUCAUCAAAACAAGAGAUAAUUAAGAAUGAGGUAUUAAAUAUAACCAAAGAUGUUAAAUCAGUAAAACCACUCAUUCCAAUAUUCUCUACAGUAACUGGUGAGUUAUUUAAAGAUCAAGAUUCUCAGUUUAAUUCAAAUUACAUUUAUGACAACAUUAGAAAACCUGUAUUAUUCCAAAAAGCUAUCGAAAACAUCUUCAAAUUUAUUGAAUCAAAUAAUCUUGGUAAUAGAGUCCAGUUUUUAGAAUUAUCACCAAACCCAACAUUGAUAUAUUAUAUCAAGGAAAUGGCCCCCAUGGAUUCAGAUUAUUUCCUACCGGACUCAACUUCAGUUCAUCAAUCAUUAAAUAGAAAGACCAAUACUGAUAUGAUUGAUAUUAGGGCAACUAUUGCUCAAUUAUAUUGUAAUGGCUGUAAAGUAAACUUUAAAUACCAAUUAUCGGAACCAACUAGCAACGAUAAGAUACAAUCAAAGAAAGCAUCAUAUGUUUUACCACACUAUAAAUGGGAUGAUGAUGUCUAUUUUACUCAAGGUGCUGCAUCUGUAUCUUAUAGAGUUAAUGGGUUACCAUUAAAUCCACUGGGAUUUAAAAAUGAAUCAUCACCAUUAAUUUCCUAUACUUCAUAUAUUGAUAUUGGUGAGGAGCCAUUUAAAUAUUUAAAGGGUCAUCAAUCGAAAAAUAAAACUCUUUUAGCAGGGUGUGUAUACUUAGACUCAAUAAUGAAAUGUUUCCCAAAUCAAGAUCUCUCAAUUAGUUCAUUAGAAUUUAAAACUCCAUUUUUUUUAGUUCAAGGAAUGAAGCAAAUUCUUUCAACAAAUAUUUAUCAAUCCUCAAAAAAUGAAUAUAGAGUAGUUUUCCAUUUCAAAGAUGAUAAAAUCGAUAGAUGGGUAUUGUCUGCUCAGGGUCGAUUUUCAAUUACCAAACUUAACUCAGUUCCAGAAAAGGUCAAUAUCAAUAGCCUUAAAGAGAAAUGCAGUUGGAUAACUUUAAAAAAACCAGAGUUAUACGAAGCAAUAAAAGAUAUGGUGUCAUUAAAUUAUUCUGGUCCAUUCCAAUCUAUUGAGGAGGCUUCUUUUGAUAAAACAUCAUCACUUUCUAAAAUUGAUUUAAGCUCAGCUCUCAAACAUGACGAGUUAUUCUUUAAUUCAUGCAUUUUAGAUGCAUGCUUCCAAAGCUUGGCGGUAAUAAGAGAAAACAAAGGUAUUGUGCUCUUUGAAAAACUUCAAGGUGUUCAAUUUUUUUCAGAGAAUAUACCAAAAUCUGUAAAUGAAAGAGAGAAAUAUAAAUACCUUUAUUGCUAUUCAGAAUUUGUAGAAGCUAUUGGAAACUCACAUAUUGCCAAAGCCAUUUGCUUUGAUCAGGAUGGUUCUGUUUUAAUUAAUAUUCCUUUCAUAGUUUUCACUUCAACCAACCCAGUCUCAGAUGGUUUAACAUUAGCAAGCCCAACCAACUCUAUUUACUCAAUCGUUAAACAAUCAAUAGAUUCACCAUUGGAAUUACCUUCAAUUAAUUUAUUAAAUAAAUUUAAUGAAAUCAUUUCAAAACCAGCAAAUAAUAUUAAAAAAGCAUUUACAACAAGUUUAUAUUCUCCAAUUAAAAAGAAAUAUCAAGAUAUUACACCCGCCAAAGUCACAAGUGAAGCUACUGAACUUUUAAUCUCAAAUUAUUUUAAUAUAUCAGAAAUUGAUGGUAUAGCAAAGCAUAAUAUUGCAAAAUCUUACUUUGAAAUGUUAAAAUCAAAUGUAUCAUUAAUUGAAUAUGGACAAGCCUCUCCUUUACUUGCAGUUUUAAAUGCUCAAGACCAAAAAACUUUAAAUACACUAGCAAAAUAUUUGAUCAAAAAUCCAGGUUCUGUUGACCAAGCAUCUUCAAAUUUAAUAGACUCCUCUCCUGAACCCAUAAUCAAGCAAAAUCAAAUUAUUAAAGAAAUCAUUUCAAAUUCAAUUAAACCAAUAUUAAAUCAAAGUAUCGUUUUCAGAAUUUUAGAAAUUGGAUGUGGUAUUGGUCUAUUAUCAGAAAUUAUAAUAAACCAAAUAUGUGCACUAAUUAAAGGAAAUUCAUCAUCAGAAAUUAACAUUGAAUUCACAUUCUCUGAUAAAGAAAUAAAUUUUGUACAACAAAUCAAAGAGAAUUUACAUAUAAUAAUCGAUGAUAAACAAAAUUUCAAUCCAUCUUAUUAUGAUAUCAUUAUUUUAAAUGGUGUAUCGGAAAUUCAACAGGAUAGGAAAUCAUCAAUUGAUAACAUUAAUAAAAUUUUAUCUGGAAACGGUUAUUUGGUAAUAGUUGAUACAUUAUUUAAACCAAAAACUACAAAUAAACAAAUUGAAAUGCUUGAACAAUGGAUAUCAUAUAAUUGCUAUGGCUCAGUUACAACUUUGGAUGAAUGGCAAAAACUAUUGGUAACAGAUUUAAACUUUAAAGGUUUCAUUGCAACUCAAUCUCAACCAUAUGUAAUAACCACCCAAAAACCAAACUAUAUAGAAUCAGCAGAAAAAACUAUAUCUUUAACUGGUCUUAUUGCUUCCUUUGAUCAAAUAUUUAUUUUUGGCCCAAAACUAGAUAACAUUGACGAAUCACAAGAAUUUAAAAGUGCCAUGGAUAUUAACGAAGAAGGAACCGAUAUUUAUAGAUCUUUUACAUACGAAGAUUUUGAAAAACAAAUUGCCCAAACUCCAUUAACAGAAAAAUCAGUUAUUUUAUCUUGUGGAGCUCUUAAUGAUUUAAAUGAAGGUAAUUUCCAAGAGACUACAUUUGAUUAUAUUAAAAUUAAUCAACAUUUAUUAAAGACUAAUAGUGGUUGUAAACAUGUAUUACUAUCAAGAUAUGCUCAAUUAGAAUCUAUAAAUGCAUUUGCAUCAUCAUUAAUCGGUGCCUUCAGAUAUUUCUGUGAAUUCCCAGGUUUAAAUAUUUAUUCAAUAGAUUUCGGAGCAGAUUUUUAUGAAAAAACUUUAGCUGAUUUUAGAAUCUCCUAUAAUUUAACAAAUUCUAGUAAACACAUUCAAAGGGAAUUUAUCGUCAGAGAUAAUCAAGUAUAUUAUGAAAGGGUUAAACAAGAGACCAAUUUAAAAUUAAAAUACAAGUCAAAUUCAUAUGUUAGCAACAAGGAAGAUUUGGUAGCAAGAUUAGAUGCUCAGACAUUAGAAUUUAAACUUGAGGCAAAAAAAUCAUUGUUAGAUAAUGAAAUCCAAGUUAAAGUAAUGGCAGCAGGUAUCAACUUUAAAGACAAUUUGGUUUACCGUGGCUUGGUACAGAGAGAAGUAACUAACCAAAAAGGAGAUUAUAAUAACCCAGAAAUAGGUUAUGAAUUAAGUGGUAUUGUAACCAAAGUUGGUAAUAAAGUUAGUAAAUUUAAAGUUGGUGACCAAGUAUUAGGUGCAUGUUUCUGUUCUACCUCAUCAACUGUUAUUGCUGACCAAGAUAGAUUUGUAAUAAAACCAAGCAAUAUUUCAUUUACCGACGCAGCAUCAAUCCCACUUGUGUAUAUUACAUCAUACUACUCUUUGUUUUAUAAAGGCAAUUUAGAUAUUGAAUCAGGUGAAAGUGUUUUAAUUCAUUCAGGAACUGGUGGGAUUGGUUUGUCAUUAAUUGAAAUAUUAAAAGCAAGUGGAUUCAAAUCAUCACUAUUCGUAACUGUUGGAUCAAAGGAAAAAGAACAAUAUCUUCGUAACACAUAUGGAAACUUUAUUACUGGAAUUUAUUCAUCAAGAGAUACCAACUUCUCUUUUGAAAUUAAAAAGAAAAUAUCGGAAAUAAACAAAACCCCUUCAAUAUUAUCUGGAAAUGGUGUGGAUUUAAUUAUUAAUACUUUACCAUUUGAAUUCCUCGAAGCAAACUUCAAUACAUUAGCUCAAGGUGGUCGUAUUGUGGAUCUUAGCAUUAAUCAUUUAAAUUCAAAUGAUACAACAGAUUUUAAUAAAUUUAAAUACAAUAUUUCAUAUUCAACUGUUGAAGUUAUGACACCAGCUAGUUUCAAAAAAGCCAAACCAAUUUUACAAACAAUAACAGAUAUGAUCAAGGAAGAGAAACUAAAUUUAAUUCCAAUUACCGAGUUCCCAGUUUCGGAAAUUAAAGAUGCAAUUGAAUAUUUGGGUAAACGAGAGCACAUUGGAAAGGUCGUAAUUAACUAUCAAACCAUUCCGGACUUGGUUCAAUUUAUUAUUGAAAAAUCAAACUAUCAAUUUGAUAAAAACUAUUUAUUAUUAUCACCAUCAUUCCAAAUUGAUAAUGAUUUAUUUGGAAAAACAGUUUUAAUUACAGGUCAAAGAGGUUUAUCAUUAACAAUUCUUAAAUGGAUAGUGAAUAAUAGUUCCAAACAAAACGAUCAAGGUGUUAAAAAUAUUAUCGUCUUUUCAAAAUCACCAGUUAGGUAUGAAUUUAAAUUUGCAGAAGCAAAUUCAAAAAUCAAUAAUCCAACAAUUCGCAUCUUUUAUAAACAAGUUGAUAUCUCAAAUGGCCAAGAACUAUCAAAUGCAAUUGACCAACUUUACAAUGAGAAUCCAACACUAGAUCCAAUAGAAACUGUAUUCCAUAAUGCCUUUGCUCCUGUCCAAAGUGAACCAGAGGAAAUUGAUUUAAACCAACUCAUCCAAUCCAAUAGUGCUAAAAUUAUUGGAGCAUAUAAUAUACAAACAGCAAUGGGCUUAAAAGGGUGGCUACUAAAGAAAUUUGUUUUAGCAUCAUCAAUUGCCAGUGUUUUAGGUGCUCAUAGACAAUGUGGCUAUGUUUGUGCAAAUACUUUAAUUGAUUCAUAUUCAAAAGCAUUAAGACAGUUUGGCUACCCUAUUGUUUCAAUUAAUUUCUCUGCCAUUGACCAAUCUGGUUUUGUAUCUAGAUCCGACUCUGUCCAAGCCCUCUUUACAUCACAAGGUUUAGAUUUAAUUUCAACAAAUAUUGUUUUAGGUUCUUUGGAUUUAAUUUUACAAAAUCAUGAUCAACUAAAUAAUAAAAUUGUCGCGAAAUUUGACCAUUCAAAUAUUAGUAGAUCUUUCAAGAAACACCUCCUUUCAUAUAAAUUAGAUUUCUAUUUAAAUUCCAUCCAAUCAAAUAAUUCAAAUGAUAAUGAAGAUUUAUCAGUUAGAGAAAUAAUUCUUUCAAAAUUCAGCGAGUAUUUAUCAAUUGAUCAAUCAAAAAUUAACUUAGAUAUUCAAAUGAAUCAAUAUGGCUUCACAUCUAUAUUGGCAAUCGAAUUAAAAUCCUUUAUUGACAAAACAUUUAAGCCAAAUAUUGUAACAAUUUCUCAACUACAACAAAUAACAAUUUCACAAUUAAUUUCUACAAUUAAAAAUGCUGUUGAAAUGCCAAAUUACUCCACUAAAAAGAGAGAUCAACCCCAACCAGUUGAAGAACCUAAACCAAUCGAUUGGAUAAAAGAAGCUACGCUUGAUCCAUCAAUUAUUUUACCAAAUCAAGAGCAAAUUAAGGUUUACAAGGACUCUGUAGCAAAUGGUACCUUUGAUAGCAGUACUAUUCUUCUUACUGGCUCAACAGGUUUUUUGGGUAUUUACUUUUUAUCAAAUUUAAUAAAAUCCGAUACCUAUAAAAAAAUUUAUUGCCUUACUCGUGAUAAAACAAAAGAAUCCAUUAUCCAAUUAUUUAAAGAUCAUCAACUCUAUAAACAAUUAACAAAAGAACAAAUCGAUAAAAUUGUAGUUAUUGGUGGUGACUAUUCUAAAGAGCUCUUUGGGUUAUCAAAAGAAACUUAUACUCUUUUAUCAAAAGAAGUCGGUGUAAUUUUCAAUUUAGCUUAUAACACAAGUUUCAAAAGCAAAUAUUCAGAUUUAUAUCCACAUUUAGAAGGAGUUAACCAAUGUAUUAGAUUCGCAUCAAGUAUUAAACUAAAAAGAUUUGUUGAAAUAUCAACUUUUGGUGUAUAUUGGGGUUCAACUCUCAGUGUUUUAGAUGAUUAUCAAUCACCACUCCUCGUCAGUGAAUCGAUGGACAAUAUAAUUAUGAAUGGAUAUUUCCAAUCCAAAGUAGUUUGUGAAUAUCGUAUAAAGGAAGCAACAGCCAAAGGUAUCCCAACAAUGAUAAUAAGAUUACCAUUUUUAUUUUCAAAUCCAAAUACAGGUAUUAAUAAAGAACUCGAUAUAUUCCAAAUUCUUCUUCAAACAUUUUAUAUUAUGGAUUGCUACCCAUUAGAGAUUCAAUUCCAAUCAGUCUAUACAGUACCAGUAACAUGGGCUGCAAAUAAUCUCCUAUUCCUUUCAAAUUGUUGGAAUCAACCAUCACCAGUAGAAAAUUUAAUCUGUUUCAAUCUAUUUGGGGGACCAAUUGAUUUUGGAAAGAUUGUUCAAUCAUUAUCAAACGAUUUUACCUGGAGAACAUUAACAUUUGUUCAAUUUAUCAAAAAAUUAAUAAUUUUCGAUAAUUUUCAAUGCAAAGCACUUCUAUCCUUUAUCCAAAAUCAAGAUUUCCUUAAGAAUAUUAUUUUCCAAAGCAAAUGUUCUAUAAGUGAACGAUUAAAACCAUUAUUAGUUUCAAAUAAUAGCUUUGAAGGUUGGGAAGUUACAAAAGAAAUGAUUUUAACUCAAUUCGAAUAUGUUUUUAAAAAAAAAUUAAACUAA